GGGGCGCCGAGUGUGUAACAUUAUGGGAUGGCAAACUCUAGUCAUGCUAGUUGCGUACGUGACGUCCUUCAAUGUGGCGUUGCGAACAAUGGAGAGAAAAUGUAUUUAAAUCAUUCGUAGGAGCUAAAGAGACACACACCAUUUCUGUGAAUUGAUUUUUUUGGCUGAGAAUUCAUAUAUAUAUAUAUAUAUAUAUAUCCAUCGGUACUUCAAAUUACUGACGCAGAAUGGCUUCCAAGCCAGGUUUAUAUAUUUUCAUCCUUGGAAUAGCAUGUCUGAUGAUGAUUCAAGUAGGAGCAAUGAUAUCGCAGUCGUCUGUUGUUUUGGAAAACGGGGGAUAUACCAAUAUUGUGCUAGCUAUUGAUGAAAGUGUAGGAGAGAAUGAUGAUUUGAUAUCGGCAAUAAAGAAAAUGUUCGUCGAUGGAUCACGUUUUUUAUACCAGGCCUCCCGAAAACGAGUUUACUUCAAAGGUGUCACUAUCCUUAUCCCAUCACUCUGGUCAACAAAAUCAGAGUAUCAAUCACCAGGACGAUUGACCUCUGACAUGGCUGACAUCCGGGUGGCACAGCCAAAUCCUCUUUGGGCGCCAAAUCCUUACACCCAUCAGGUCCAGGGAUGCGGAAAGCCUGGAAGCUACAUUCAUUUUAUAGAGGAAUUCCUGACGAGCCCUAAAACCAAAGACUCAUAUGGACCCUUAGGAAACGUGCUGGUACAUGAAUGGGGACAUCUCAGAUGGGGAUUAUUCAAUGAAUACCCGGAUGCAGUGGGUGAUCAGAAGGACAUAAUUCAUUUCUACCAGUCAAUGAAGGAUGAAAAAUACAAGCCCGUGACAUGUAGCCAGGAACUUGAGAUUAGGGCACUGAUCAGAUCAGAUGAGGAUGGUUCUGAAUAUCGAAAAUGUGGGGGAAAUGAAGUCGAUGGGUACGAAGAAGGGUGUAUGGCAAUACCAAAAGAUCCCGGAUCUGCCACUGGAUCUAUUAUGUAUGGAAUGCUAAACUUUCAAGAGAUAAGCAACUUCUGCGACAAAGAUGAGAGCGAUCCUGGUAACCUUCACAACAGAGAAGCACCCAACAAACACAAUCGUCUCUGUGAAUCAAGGAGUGCAUGGGAAGUUAUGAGGGAGCAUGAAGACUUUAAAGACAACAACUCGCCGCCUCGGGAAUUGAGUGACGCUGACAUUAUGCCAUCGUUUACACUGGCACAAGCUCGAAGUAGUGAUGAUUGCCGUAUAGUCUUAGUCAUUGAUACUUCGGGGAGCAUGAGUACGAAUGACCGAAUCACGAAAGCGAUGAGUGCAUCCACUGCUUUUAUUGAUUUAGUCACUGAAGGAACAUGGGUUGGUAUCGUUGGUUUUACCGACACCGCUGAUAUAAUACAUCGAUUGAUACAGGUCUCUUCGCCGGUCGAAAGAUCUUCGUUACGUGACAGCUUGAAUCUUGUCGCCACUGGCGGGACAUGUAUCGGAUGUGGCUUAGAGACUGGACUACAGGUGUUGCGAGAACAUCCGUCAGGAGACAUUGCUGGAUCAGACAUUUUAUUGAUGACUGAUGGAAAAGACAGCGAUUUUGGUACCCACAUUGUAAGACCGACUUUACUGGCGGAAGGGGUGAGGGUCAACACAGUGGCUAUAGGAGAUGACGCUUACGGUGAAUUAAAUACAGUAUCUCUGGAAACAGGAGGAGGACCGUUUUCUUAUGGUGAUAAUGAUGGCACUGCUAGUCUGACCACUUCUCUAAGUCAAACUGCUCAGAACUGUUUGGGAGACCGUUCCAAAGAACGCGUACAGCUUUCCGCCAUAGGUGCUACUCUUGGUGACGGAGAUGUGAAAUCAGGACACAUCUAUAUUGAUCCCUCGAUAGGCUCUAGGACCCAGUUCAUAGUAACUUACACUGAAGGCUCAGAUGUCACACCAGGAGUUACACUUAUCAUCACCCAGCCAAGUGGCAAGACUACAUCGCCAGGUAGUUCUGAAUAUAAUGACAACGUCCAGCGAAAGGUCAUCAACGUUGUAAUCGACGGUAAAGCAGAGACUGGCAAAUGGUUUUAUCGAAUUGAAAACGUGUACACUGGCCCUCAGUCUGUUACAUUUUCCGUCUUCUCCACACCAAAUCUCGAAGAUGUAGAAGAAGGGAAUGUUAUCAAUGUGAAGUCCUACACCAGCACCUCGAUCUUAAACCAAUCUGAAAAUUUAAAACCACUAUUCACUUACGCUGAGAUCACCCAAGGGUCCAUGCCGGUUAUAAAUGCAACCGUCAAAGCAAGCGUGGAACGACCAGGAGGAGAUAUUAUGACAUUUGAUCUUCUAGACAAUGGUGCAGGUGCCGAUAUCACUGCAAAUGAUGGUGUGUACAGCCGAUCAUUUGUUAACUACACUGGGGAAGGUUACUAUGGUAUCGGAAUCACAGCAGAGAACGAUGGCAAUGCUGUUGUCUUGACGGAUUCAGUAGGGUCUUCAGCCACGCCCUUUAUCAACAUCACAGACGAUGGAAAGGUGGUCUCUGAUGCAACUAUAGGUAACUACACCAUGCGACUUCCUGGAGACCAAAUAUUCGAUAACUUGGUGUUGGAGAAAGCGGCGCCCUUUACCAGAAGCUCGUCAGCCGGUUCGACCAAUGUCCCGACUCUUCCACCGAAUUUUACACCGGGCCAAGAUCAGUUCCCACCAAACCGAGUCCAUGAUCUUCGGGUUAAACUGACAUCUCUUAAUGAUUCGUCCGUGGUUCUUACCUGGACUGCACCGGGGGAUGAUCUAGAUACGGGAACUGCUAUUUCCUAUGACAUCAGACUAUCACAUUCUUCAGCGUUGAUUUCGACCAAUUUUUCUGAUGCAACCCGAGUGGAAUUCCAUCAGCUUCUGAAAGGGAACAUGUCAAGGCCCAAACCGUUUGGAUCGGUAGAAGAAUACGUGAUCAGGAUUGAGGACGUCCCAGGUGUCACAUCAUUCUCGUACGCAUUUGCUCUCCAAGCCACGGAUGACGCGGGUCUGACUAGUCCAGUUUCUAAUGUCGUGAUGGCAACAUUCAGGAGGGUGAUUCCUACAACACCUGCCCCAACCGUUGGUCCAUGCGAUGGCAUGCUGUGUCAUAAUGGAGGCACUUUGAAUGAAAGUAGCUGCUCAUGUUUUUGCUCAGAUCAGUCACAGGGGGAGAAUUGCCAAUAUGUGAAGUCACAACUCAGAAAUGGAGUCCAGAUCGAUCUUCGUGGGAACACUGCUCAGUGGACGGACAUUGUGGCUCCUCUACUCGAAUCAGUGACACAACAGCUCAACAUAUUCUGCAACAGUAAUUUCGCCGUCUGCUGCCAAGGCAGGGCAAAUAUUUCCAGUGAAACUACGAGGAUCGUGUUUGUGACGGGAAGUGAUGUCAAGCUUGCUGACGGAUAUCCGGUUAUCAAAGGACCGGCAGAUGAUGGAGAAUUGUGCUCGUUUGUUGUGUAUGCUCUUAAAGCUGCUAAAGAUAUUUGUUCUGACGCUUCGGGAAUACUGUCAAAAUGGAAAAGAGAAGUCAGAUCAAAUAUCAAGAGACGAUCCGUCGAGCCUACGUUCGUCUCUCAAGAUCUGUUGUUUGAAGCCAUUUUGAGUGGCCGUCUAGCCAUAUCUACCCACCUUGCAAACGCCUCAUCAGGGGAUAUCUCUAUUGGUAAUAUUACCCUGCCUGUCGUAGAGGAUGAUACUGUUCCAACAGAGAACAAACCACAGGGAUCAGGACUUUCCGCAGGCAUUAUUGUCAUUAUCUGCAUUUUGAUCAUCUUGAUUACCAUUUUUCUUCUGGGAGUCGCUUAUUACUACAAAAGGCACAGGUUGAGGAAGGACCCUUCUUACCACGUUGCAAGGAAAUCUGAUCUCGAAGAAGGUCAAGAAUAGGUGUAAUAUCCUUGUAAAAACUGGGAAUCUUGAUCAACAAUUCAAGGAGGUCCGACAUGCAGGUUAUCAUCGUAAAAGAUGAGUGUUGAUGAAGGGAAGGGCCUCUCCAUCAGUACACAACAUAUGGCAAGAUUCUUUUCCGUUUUACAUCCUUUCUGCAUCCGUAUGUGCAGUGGGACCAAGCCUUUACCUACUUCUAUGUGUCAUAAUAUCGCAAGGUAAUAAACGAUCAUUGAAAUCGUUUUCAUAGAGACCUUGUAGCCGUUUAUAUGCGUACCUACCCAUACAUUAAAAAAACACAGUUUAUUAUUUUUAUAUAGCACUGUUAACUGUAAGAACUUAAAGUUAGUUAAAACAUCUUAAACAAGUGUUUAGAAUUUUUAACAACCAUGCUUAAUUUAUUGAAGAUUUGGUAUUAAAAGUUUUGUUCAAGAUUUUACCAACUACUGUAGUACUGUAACUGUAAAUCUCUUAUACUAAACAGCGAUGUAUAAAAUUAUAAACCGCGUUUUCACUUUGCAUAGGGAAGCAGAGAAGGGUUUCCGUUUUAACACUCUGAAAGAAAUAUUGUCGUGCAAUAGAUGUUGCAAAAAUGAAUGACCUUUAAUUCACAUCCGAAUCUCAAGAUUAACUCCUGUAACAUACAAAUAAAAACAAGAUUAGCUACUGUAAAUACGCGAAAAGGGAUAUAUUUUCAGUUCUAUUUUCGUAUGCAUGUAGCUGUCAAGAAUACAAUUUAAGUCUGGGUAAACAUAUACAUGUAGUGCACACAUCACAAUAGCACAUUAGAUUAUAAUAAAGACGGAAAACCCAUACAAGUCGAGUAGAAGUGCGACAUGUAUUACACAAAAAUAAUUAUUCCAACUUUUACAGCUUUGGUCAUGAUAGGACGAUACAAUAUACAUGUAUAGUAAAUCAUCAUACUGAUUCAAUUAUAGCCUCAUUUGUCUUUUGUUUGGAAGAAUAUGAGAAAUAGCCUUAUGAAUAUAUUCUUAAGACAUUUAUAUUUGAAUAACAUAAUCCAAGAUAUAUUUAUUUUUUACACAAACCAAGAUUUGAUUGGUAUUUCAUAGAUACUCCUUUUAUUUUUGUAUCAAUAUGUUGCUUCAAUACUGAACCUUCAUUAUUAAGCUACGCUUUCCAGGAGAUUCUCAUUUCAUUAUGUUGUAUUAUAUUUCUCCUUUGUAAUUUUCUUGAAAAUUUGAAAUGAAAUGAUUUCUUAAUCAAUAAAUUAUAUCAGAAACUAGUUUCCAUGUUUAUGAAAUAUACUAUGAAUCACGGAAUAGAAAUUGUAUUUGAGUAUAUAAAACGUACACAAUAAUAUUUGUGAUUUUGUAAAUUUAUAGGAGAUCAUAUACACUAUCUACAGCUCUUAACAUGGAUUUUACAUGUAGUACCAGCUUUAAAAUGUGUAUUUUUUAAUGAAAAAAUAAUCAAAUCUGAUCUGAGCCUGAACACACAAACAUCAGCCCGAUGAGACAUACUUUGAAGUGACAAAAUAUAAAGUCUAACAUUUUAUUCAAUUAGUGUAUAUAUAGUAUUGAUUGUAAAUAUUAUUCAUUUGCAUUGGAUCUUUUUAUACAACAUGGUUUUAUCAGGGAUCUUACGUUGCAAUUUUUGUUGUUAGAAAAAAAUGCAAUAUAAAACAAUUCAUACAUUACAAAAACAAAAAAUACAACCAUUACGAAACAAAAAAAUAUAACCAUUAUGAAACAAAAUAAAUCACAAUUUCAGCGUUGAUGGACUUCAAAGAAUUUACCAGCAAACUGCCAUUCUUCUUAUCGUUAAUGAAUGCCAGUCAAUUUAGUGCUACAGUGUGCCAUUUAACGUGAAUUGUAUAUUAGGCGAUUGCUUUUAAGUUAUUAUUAAAUUAAUACAUUUUAACGUUUCUACAUCCGCUCUGCUACCUCAAGACAUAAUUAUGCAGGUAUGUUCAUUACUUAACCCUAAAUAGACUGCAUAGGCUAUUUCGACGCCUAAGAAGACUGGGGGCUGAUUCAGCCCCCCUUAUCUCGGCCGUCAAUCGCGCGAUCGCGACGAAAAUCGGCACGCGCGUUACCCAUGACAUUAUCUACAAAACUAUAAUAUCAAAUGCUGUGAAAAAUCUCAUUGCUCAUUAAUUAUGUUAAUUUAUGCAUAAAAUCAUAAGUUUGCUCCAAUUAAUAAAAUAAUGCCUCUAAAAUGCUAAUUUGUAUUUCACAUACUCUAGAUAGGCAUCUGAUCAAAUUUAUGUUUCAAAAAUUUCAACAUCACAUUCAUUUUCUUAUGUAUUCUAUCGUUUUCUAAAUAUCCUAUGUAUUUUCUAUGUUUUUCGACGUUUUUUUUUUUUUUUUUUUUUUCGAUGCAUUUUCGAUGGAUUUAAUUUUGACCAUGAACAAGAUCAAAUUAAUUGAUAUUAAGCAGUAAAAUAAAAAAUAAUGAAACAUUUUAUGAAUUUUGGCUAAAAACACUAAUGCAUUGGAUUUGUACACAACUUCACGUUUUUGAGUAAUUUUGGGUUUGCAUGCACUUACGAAAUGUUGCGUGAUUUCGGAACCGCGUAUCCGGGGAUCACAAUUUUGGUCUCAAAAGUUGCGCGAGACUUGAAAGAAAACAGCGAGCGACGCGGUCAAAAACUUCCGAGCGGCGGAUUUAUCACGAAAAUGUCGAGGGGGGCUGAAUCAGCCCCCCCCCCCCGUCUUCUUAGGGUUAAUGAUAUCUCAGACAAUGAGUAAAAAGAGAUUAAGCCUCCACAAAACAAAGAUUGUCUACAUUCUUUCAACAAAUAUUUCAAUAAAUUGGAAGUGUCAUGAGUUCCACGCACGUUUAAACGUGUAGACAAGGAUGCAUUGAUCUAUGAAUUCCCUUCAAUCCGUUCAUAGUAUCUUUAUUUUAUUUUCCUCAUCAUGAUUCAACAGAGGUAUUUCGAUAAUUAUUGACACUGAUGAAAAAUAUGAAUGUCUAAAAAUGAAUGUCCAAAAUGAAUGUCUAAAUAUGAAUUUCCCCUUCAAACACCCUGCCCAAGGACGGAUUAUACAAUAAAACAUUUUGAAUAUGUUGUUGCCGUCUUGUUUAAUUCGCUCCCUUGUGAUAUAAAAAAAUGCACAUCCCCCAUGCAUUAAAAAAAUCACUGUAAAUCAUUCAAAUUCUGACUGUUACACUGAAUAACUUGAUGUAAUGAUUCCAUGAUGCUUGUUGAUUCACGUUGUAUGUAUAAUGUAUUAUGUUUUACUUGAUUAUAUGUUACCUACAUUGAAUUGCUAUGAUGUUGAGUUUUUUUUUUUAUUGCAGGGCGCAUUUGUAAAGCAGUUUGAAUAACUGAACAUUUGUUUUAGUAUAUUAGCAUAUAUUAGCAUAUCAAUGCAUUUAUGGGCAUGCACCUUCUAGAUUGUGUAAUGAAAUCGAAAUGUAUUUUGACAGACAUGGCAUCAAUACUAGAAAUUACAACUCCUUAAGCGCAGUCUUGCCAAAACCCAAUAAGGAAAUUUUUAAACUCUCAUCCAAAUAUGCUGCUAUAAAAGUCUGGAACUCUUUGCAAACAUCAACGCAAAAUAUCCAAUCCCUGCAAUCUUUUAAACGUGUAUAUAAAGCUGCUUUUUUUAACUAAUGUCAGUUUUCUUCUUUUUAUCAAUUGUUACCUUACCUCCUGAAUAUUGAUUUUGUCUAAAUUCGACAUUUUUUUUUUUUUGGGGGGGGGGGUGAAUUAUUAAUAUAUACUUUGUUUGUUACUUGUAAUUCUUUUAGAUUACUAUGUUAUUUUUUUGUAGCUUUAUAUCAUAAAUUCCCUUGUCAUUUUGUUAAAUUGAAUUGUAUUUGUUAUUUUUAAUCUGAUGAUUUUUGUAUAUUUAGUUUUUUAACCUGUUGUAUCAGGACCAUGAUGUAAAACAGCUGUGCUGAUCAUGUUUUUUUAUCCUGUAUAAAUAAAUUCAAAUAAAUAAUAAUAAACAGGCCUACCCUGCAGUAUAAAAUAAAGAAAACAUAUAUUGA